AUGCCUUAUGUUGUGUCUGUUCCACCUGUUGUGGAUGUGAUAGAUGCCAUUCGGCUAGCGAGAUUGGCGAAGGAGAUUACUAGGCUUGGAGCAAUCCAUUUUCAGGGGGGUACAGACCAAAUGUUCAUGUUGGCUGAUCAGUGGAUCAGGAACAUGGAGAACUACUUCCGGAUGGUCGUCUGCACCGACCUUGAGAAGAGGGAGAUAGUUAUCUAUCUGUUCCAGGAUGAGGCACGAGUAUGGUGGGAGGGCAUAGAGAGGGCUAGGGAUGUGACCACCAUGACUUGGGUGGAUUUUGGGAGACUCUUCAAGGAGAAAUACUUCCUGGCUUCAGUGUUGGAGCAGUUGGAGGUAGAGUUCCUCACUAUAGUUCAGGGAACUAUGAGUAUUAGGGAUUAUAAGGCGAAGUUCUCGUGGUUGUAUCGUUUUGUGAGACCAUGGGAUGCUCUGAGUUUGGCUAAGAAGUUUCAGCGGGGGCUGAAUGCUUCUCUCAGGCAUGAUGUGGUACCUCUGGAGUUGCCUACUAUGGCACUCAUCUUGGCUAAGGCCAUGGAACUUGAGCAGGAUACCCAGCUUCACCAAAUUGAGUUGGCGGCUUCGAGAGAUUCCCAGGGAAGGGGGAAGGCAGUGGCGGAGAGCAGUUGUUCGAUGGGUCAUCGAGAUGGGUCCUGGAAGAGACAGCGGACCCAUCAGCAGGCUCCAGCGGCAGAACCUAUUAGGGUUAUGCCUAUCAGACAGGUAGCACCCUUGAGAUGUUUUAACUGCAAUGAGAUUGGCCAUACUUCCAGGGAUUGCACGAGGCCAAGGAACUUCAUAUGCUUUAGAUGUGGCCAAGCAGGGCAUUACUCCAGGGAUUGUACCCAGGCACAGGGUAGAGGACUAGGGAAUCAGCAGAGAUAG